ACGACUGACCCCCACGCCACCGCGUCCAAACCCUAACCCUAACCCUGGUUUUAAACCCGAUCCCCCAGAUCCGGACCCAAACCCCAUCUCCAAGAGCUCGAAACAAAGCUUUGAAAAAGAGCAGCGGCAGCCAUGCCUUCGGCCGAAGAGGAAGAGGAGCGCGCCGUCUUCGAGGACGACGACGACGACGACGACGAUGACGACUUGGUCGGCGACGACACCGAGGAGGACGAAGAGGAGGACUACGAGGACGACGACGCCGAGGCGGCGCCACCGCUGACUGUCGCGUCCGCGCCUCCUCCUCCUCCUGCCCCCGCCAACCCUGCGGCGGCGGAGGAGAACCUCAACGACUCCACCCCCUCCACCUCCUCCUCCUCGGACCGCGCGGCCCCAAAUCCUAAGCCUAACCUUUGCGCCACCGCAGAUCCCCAGAACGGUGCCAUCCCCGUCCUUCCAAUCUCCGCCGCCGCCCCUGCCGCUGCCGCGGCGGGUAGCCUUUUCACGCCGUCCUCCUCCGAUCCCGUUCCCCAGCCCUCUGCGGACGGUAAGCCGGUCCCCGUCGCCGUCGCCGCCGUCGGCGGCGGAUACGACGACUCCCGGCGGCUUUUUCAGAGGCUAUGGACCGACGAGGACGAGAUCACGAUCCUGAAGGGGUUUCUGGAGUUCACGUCGCGGCGGGGCACCACUUUCGCCUCCCACCAGUACGACACCGGCCCCUUCUACGAGGAGAUCAAGAAGCAGCUCCAGCUCGAGUUCACCAAGAACCAGCUCAUCGAGAAGCUCCGCCGGCUCAAGAAGAAAUACCGGAACGUCGUCGGCCGGAUGCGGUCCAUGGGAAAAGAUUUCGCCUUCAAGAGCCCCCAUGAGCAAGCCAUCCAUGACAUAGCUCGCAAUAUCUGGAGUGCCAACGUCAAGAGGGCUCGCGACAGCGACGAUGAUGACCUCAACACGCCGAACAAUGCCUCCUAUACCAUCGAAGCUACCUCCGCUGCCGAUGGAGCCAUGAAUUCAGAACGGAGGAUGUCGAGAUCGCGGAGGCGUUUCAGAAGGGGAACAGCAGAAGAGGCGGCAGCACCAACGGUGGGGGUACCGGUAGAGAAUUCGGUCCCAGCAACCCAAGUGGCUUCAUCGGAAGCUGCUGCGAUUCCUGGCAUCAUCGAGGAGACGGUGAAGAGUUGCCUCUCGCCCCUGUUCAAGGAGCUGAUUUACUCUGCAACCGGGGGGCCGCUUGGUGGUGGGGCUGCUCUAUUGGGGCUGGGACUUGGAGGUGUUGGAGCGGCGCUGAGCCCGCUGCCAUUGAGCCUUGGUGGAAGCCCAGCGAGUGUUCCGGCCUCGGGGACCCCCGUGGAUGAGAAGUGGAAGCAGCAGCAUAUCCUGGAGCUGGAGGUGUACUUGAAGCGGAUAGAGCUCGUGCGUGACCGGAUCAAGUCUACCUUGGAGGAGCUCAAGUCCUCAGGGAGCUGAGCUGAUCGGAGGUUUCAUUCCAAAACUUGUACUUCUAAGUUAUGGAUCUUCUGUUUUCAUUUGUAAUUCUUAGUUUGAGCAGUUCUGUGUUGUUAGAAGGUACAGAGGACUUUUGAAAUAACUAUCUUUCCUUAUUCGGUUUGAUUCCUUUUGACCUUGUGCCGUAUAAGAAAGAUUACCUUGGGGAACGGGUGGGAAAGAACGUGGCCACGUUUUGCCUGCAUUAUUUAA